AUGGAGGAAUCCACGAACGAUAAAAAUUAUUUUUUUAAAAGAACAACAACAACGACAACGGCAACGACAACCACAACAACCAAGACAACAACAACAACAACAACGUGCACGAAACGGAUAAAAACUAAACUCGAAUCUAUCAACUCGAAGAUAUUAGUGAACAACAACCAAAGUGUAGACAUCGGAAAGAAAUUAUUUAGCAAUAAAAGUGACAUUUUUUAUAAUAUAACAACAACAACCACGACAACCGCGACAACCACGACUGGGAAUAAUGUAAAUACGCGUAAUAAUCCUGUCGUCGGUAAAAACAUAUGUUUAAAAGAACAUAGAAUCAAAGAAAGAGAUUUAAGAGAUGAUGAUGGUGGUAGUAGUAGUAGUACUAGUAGUAGUAGCAGUAGUAGCAGUAGUAGUUAUAGACUUAAGAGAAGAAAAGACAGAAAUAUCGGCGAAAGGGAAAAAAGACUUGGAUUAAAUCAUAAUAAUAAUAAUAAUGAUGAUGAUGAUGAUGAUGAUGAUGAUGAUGACGAUAAUGAGAACGAAGACUCGAAAAAAAAAAUCGUCGUAGGAGCAGGACCUGUAAGCGAAUGCAGUUCUUGCGCAAGGGAAAGACUUCGUAGUAAAUCACUCGAAGCAAUUAAAGAUUCGAUCCUGUCGAAAUUGGGUAUGUCACAACCGCCGAACGUGACGGAAAGGCGGAAACCUAAAAUUGCCGAUCACAUGCUUAUGGCUUUACUUAGGAAAAGGCAUUCUCAUCACGGUUCGAGCGGAUUAUAUUGGAUAGUACAGGAUGACGAUUUCGAACAAAUGCAGGGAGACGAGCCCUACGAUUCUCGUUAUAGUGGUGAUAAAGUGAGUAGCAAAAACAGCGAUUCUAGUAAUAAGAGUAAUUUUCUACGAUCUCGUGGCGGCAACGCAAGUGAUAAUAAGUAUAGUGAUUCAAGUGAGUUCCAGGAGGGAGAAGUUUUAAUGGAAGAAGAAGACGAUUACCACGUACGAACGGAAAGAAUCGUCGCUUUUUCACAACCACAUCCGAGAAUAAGGCAUUUACCUCACAUACAGUAUUUUGAAUUCAGCGACAAAUUACGAGCAAGCAAAGUGAAAAGAGCACUUUUAUGGAUUUAUAUAAAAGGUAGAGAAAGCACGAGCGUCGUCGGUAAUAAAAUUAUUAUAUCAAUAUAUAAAAUAUUAGACACGGGAAAAUCUGCUGAUUCAACGCAAUCCAUUCCCACGGGAUCCGGUGCUUGGAUCACUAUGGAAUACGUACAGAUAAAAAAUCUCGUCGCGGAUUGGUUCAGGUAUCCGCAACAUAAUUUAGGUAUCGUUAUAAGUGCCGAAGAUGGUAACAGAACAAAUUUAGCGGUAACAUCUCAUAACGGAAACGAUACGGCUUAUGUACCUUUUUUGGAAGUUUACGUUGCCGAUAAUCGUAAACAUAGAACGAAACGUACGAUAGGAUUAAAUUGUAAAGAUUCGUCAAACGAAACGAGAUGUUGCAGGUAUCCUUUAACGGUUGAUUUUAUGGAAUUCGGAUGGGAUUGGAUAAUCGCACCGACGAAAUACGAAGCUAAUUAUUGCGCAGGGGAAUGCCCUCCGGUUUUUCUUCCACUUUAUCCUCACACCCACGUUUCCCAAUUGGCAAACGCAGCCGGAAACGGUCCGUGCUGUGCACCUAGAAAACUUUCAGAAUUGGAAAUGUUAUAUUUUGAUAAUAACAUGAAUAUUGUUUUUGGAAGGAUUCCCGCCAUGAUCGUCGAUAGAUGCGGUUGCACGUAA